UCAGAUCUAAAUUACAGCCACACUAUAAAAGUAAUGAUGGGAAGUAACGUCGUCGUGGUCUCGAUGUGCGCGCUCGCCGCCCUCUGGUCGCUGCCUGUGGCUACUGCGCAGGCCAUGGUACCACAGUACGAGACAUCACCAGCGGCUUCAGACAAUCGAGGCGGGUGGGACGCGCUCGGCGGGCUGUACGCGUUACUGGCUCAGCACGACGCGCUGGGCGGGCACGCUCUCGCGCGCAAGUCCGUGCGCUCGCCCUCGCGGCGCCUGCGCUUCGGCCGUCGUUCCGACCCCGACAUGCCACCACAAGCCCCACUGGAUGAGAUGGAAGAGCUCAUGUCCCUUCGCGACAUUCGUACCCCAGUCCGCCUGCGCUUCGGCCGCCGCUCUGAAGAGCACGCCGUGCCUCAUGUUUUCCCGCAAGAGUUGGAAAGCGGAGAGGAGAUCGAGUCACCACGCAUCAUCCGCACGCCGCUGCGCCUGCGCUUCGGCCGCCGAUCCGACGAACAAGCUGUGCCACAUGUUUUCCCUCAGGAGGAGCAAGACCGAGCUGUGCGCGCCCCCUCAAUGCGUCUGCGAUUUGGCCGCCGUUCUGACAACAACAUGUUCCUAAUGCCAUUCGAGUCCUCUGUACCCAAGGAAGUAAAAGCUACUGGCUCUUCGGAAGACGACCGACAACAGGACUAAGCUUAAAACAUCCCCCACCUUCCCCUCCACAUACAAACAAACCUUACGACAAGUUUAUAUUUAUGUAUUAACAAAUCCUCUACGUGUCAAGUAAAUAAUAUCAAUUCUCGAUAUAUUCGAGCAUUUAUAAGAUAUGUGUACAUAAUAUUCAGAUAUUAUACGUUGUUAUAAUGUUAAUUAUAAUCAUAACCUAACCUAAACUAACUUAUUACCUCAUCAGUUUCCAACUCGAUUCCUCUUCUGGAAAAUCUGAAAUUCGUACCUGAGGCUUCUUUUCCCAAAUAUAUGUACUUUUGUAAGUCUGGAUUGUAGUCACUACUUAAGACUGCAUAUCUGUUUCUAUUUAUCGAAUUAACUUUUCAGGUGUUUGGUAGAGUUUUAUAAUUAUAACUGUCGUAUGUAUUUUCGGCGAAGAGUUGUACAUUUCAAGAGCUGGGUAAAUGUAAAUCUACUUCGCCCUAAUGUAAUGGUACUAUUAAUGAAACAUGUCAACAGUAUUUGAAUAUAUUU